ACCUGUGGUACCUCCAAGACCCAAGCGGCGACUCAGCAAGCGGAAGACUCCAACAGAAUCAAGUACAGCAAUGACAGUACCGGUUAGCACCGGGGUUCUUCCCGCAUGCCCGGUCCAAGGGGUCAAUGAGCCGGUGGCAGCUUACUUUCAGCGGGUACAGGUAUUCAUUGAUACCGGCUGCCGUCAAGGCUCAGCAGGAGGCAGCAGAGGCAGAACGUCAGCGGCUGGCCAAUGAGGCGGCAGCCCAAGCUCAGCAGACUGCUGAGGCUGACGCAGCGGCACGAGACCAACGGAACGCCGCCAACACGGAGUCCCUGAUUCAAAGUGAGAGUCAGCGGACAACGUUCCUCCAAGGCAUGAUCUUUGUGCCUUCGAACGCGCAGGCAAAUCCGACACCAGCGGAGGCAGAGAGGACUCACCUGGCUUACUUGAUGCUGGGCAUGAUGAGAGGAAUCAUGUGGAAUAACACACUGCUGCAGGCACAUCUGCACACGGAACGACAGCAAAGGCAAAAGUACCAGCAAGACAUUGCUGUUUUAACAGCUGCCAUCCGUGCCGAAGCAACACAGCAGCAGCAACAGCAUCAGCUCAGUGCCAGGCUGCACGACAGACGCGACAAGCAACUCAAUGAGCGCAUCGAUCACGUCGUCACCAUCAUUGGCGAACUAGGUGAUUUCACCAGUCCGGCCACGAUCAGCAGCACGGUGGCCGCUAUCAAGACGGACAUCACCAAGUUGCAGACGAGACCGGACGCCGCUACGAAGACUUACAAGAUGCCGCACUUCGACAUCAGCAAGUUCGACGACUACAACAAGUCGGACGCCUUGACAUGGUGGCAACGUUUCCUCACGGAAGCAUCAUGCCGCACUUUCCCGACGGACGACAUGAUGAAGGCGCUCUACUUGCAACUGAUUGUAGGAGCGCAGGCAUGGAUGAACCAUCUGGCGGCUACCAACAAAUGCACCAUCGCCGAACUACACACGCACAUCACGUGGAAAGAGUUCGAGAAGCUAUGGCUCACCCGGUUCAUGGUUCGCAACGUCGUGAAGGCAGCCAUGAACGAGGUGUACACCUGCUCUCAAGGUAAUAUGCCAACUCGAGACUGGACAACUAAGUGGCAGAACAUAGUGACCACGCCAGGCUUCGAUUUGAGUUUUACCAAUCAACGAUCCGAGUUCUUCUCGCGAUCGUGCGCAGGACUGCUAUCGGCACUCGGCAACGAGUACGAUUAUGAUUCAUUCCAGGCCAUUCUGGAUCGGGCGAACUUAGUCAUCCAAACGGAUGACAAGGCCGCAAACGAACGACAGUCCCAGCCGCAUUAUGUGGCUAAGCAGGGCUAUCAACGUCCGGCACAUAACAAUGUCGUGUUUUCUGAAGAAACAGACGAUCUCCACGCUGCAGCAGCAUCCUCGAGUGAUGGAGGAAUUGUAGCAGCGCUCCCGCCGAAGCUACCAGCUCCAUUGACGGACGACGGAGUAGCGGUUGUUGAUCUCCGCUCCUAUCUUGCGAAGAUUGACCGCGAGUACGCCACCCAAAGGUACGCCGAAACCGACGCGCCUUUGCUCUAUAUCCGCAUUCAGAUCGGAAAGGCAACGUGUAGUGCCUUGAUUGAUUGCGGAGCGUCUCGCAACUUUAUGAGCCAAGCCUUUAUGGCCCGCGCAGGUCUUGGCCCGCGCGUUCGAAGGAAGACGCAACCUACGCAAGUUACACUCGCGGACGACCGCACACAAAAGUCAAUUGACCGAUGCGUCGACGGCGUUCCGGUAUACUUUGCGCCACUUGUGUGCGAGCCGGUGUCUUUUGACAUCCUCGACACCAAGUUCGACAUGAUUCUAGGCAUGUCUUGGUUGCGUAGCGUCGAUCAUCCGGUGAACUUCCAUUACCGAACCGUUCACAUCCGUGAUCGGAAUGGAGUGUUAGUCCCAUGUACGGUCGCGACCCCUCACACUUGGAUUGCUUGUCACGUGGUUUCCGUUGCGAGAAUUCGCGACGCCAUAGCUCGGAAUGACGUCGAGGAGAUGGGCCUUGUAUUCUUGCAUGCUCUCCCCUCGCCGGACGGACCAGCCGCAUCACCGCCGGACCCACGCAUUUCUCACCUCUUGGACCAGUAUAGAGACGUCUUUGAGGCUCCCACCGGAACGGUUCCGGAUCGGCCCAUACGUCACGGGAUCACUCUCGACGCUGGCGCCGUCCCUCCGCGUGGAUGUAUCUACCGCAUGAGCGAAGAGGAACUCGAGGUGCUUCGCGCACAACUCGAUGAUCUUCUCGACAAGGGCUGGAUUCGCCCUAGUUGCUCGCCAUACGGUGCACCUGUUCUCUUCGUCCGGAAGAAGAACAAAGAUCUACGGUUAUGCAUCGACUAUUGCAAACUUAACGCACAAACCGUAAAGAACGCCGGCCCUCUCCCUCGGAUUGAUGAUCUCCUUGAGCGGUUAGGCGGCGCGACGUACUUCUCGAAGUUGGACUUGAAGUCCGGUUACCACCAAAUUGAAAUCCAGCCUCAAGAUCGGUACAAGACCGCGUUCAAGACGCGGUACGGGCAUUUUAAGUGGGUUGUCAUGCCCUUUGGCCUCACCAAUGCCCCCGCAACUUUUCAAGCAGCUAUGACGACUGAGUUUCGCGACUUGUUCGAUCGCACUGUCCUCAUCUACCUCGAUGACAUCUUGGUCUAUAGCAGGACGUUGGACGAGCACAUCACACACCUUCGCGCUGUUUUGAAUCGUUUGCGACUAGCCAAGUACAAAGCGAACCGCGACAACUGCGAGUUCGCCAAGCAAGAGCUUGAGUAUUUGGGCCACUAUGUUACGCCGAAAGGCAUUCGUCCCUUAGCGGACAAGAUCCAAGCCAUCAUGGAUUGGCCGGAACCCCGUUGUACGACGGAUGUACGCUCUUUCAUGGGUUUGGCUAGAUACUAUCAGCGAUUCGUCGAGUCAUACUCGAAAGUGGCCGCUCCUUUGUCGAGACUUCAGUCCCCGAAGGUGCCCUUCGAGUUCGACGACGCAGCCCGUGACACGUUCACUACCUUGAAGGCAGCAAUGCAAGCCGCACCUGCCCUCCGUAUAUACGACCCCACCCUACCCAUCCAAGUGACUACGGACGCUUCGGGAUACGAUAUUGGUGCGGUGUUGGAAUAGUGUCACGAGGACGGUUGGCAUCCGGUUGAGUAUUUCUCCCAAAAGGUGCCUCUCGUCAACACUCUCGACGAC